AUGUCGGGGAGAGGGAAAGGUGGAAAGGGGUUGGGCAAAGGCGGAGCCAAGCGGCACCGCAAGGUCCUUCGCGAUAACAUCCAGGGCAUCACCAAGCCGGCCAUCCGGCGCCUGGCCCGCCGCGGGGGCGUCAAGCGCAUCUCUGGCCUCAUUUACGAGGAGGUCCGCGGAGUCCUGAAGGUUUUCUUGGAAAACGUGAUCAGGGACUCGGUCACCUACACUGAACACGCCAAGCGCAAGACGGUGACGGCCAUGGAUGUGGUCUACGCCCUGAAGCGCCAGGGGCGGACCCUGUAUGGCUUCGGUGGUUGA